GCGCGUGUGGUUGUGCAACUGGUGGCAGCGCGUUUUCAAACUUCAAAAGUUUUUCUUGCCCAUGUUUAUGCCGUGACAAUCCGUGUGGGGUGACUCAAAGCACUGCGUAAGAAAUCUGGUAGCGUUCCAUGGGCGAGUCUGGCAACAGCAGUGGCAGUGAGGAGCACUACACCUCGGCUGAAGAUGUCACGGUGGGCUGUGUUUGUGCAUGGAGUGAGAAGAACGAUGGCAGCUGCAGUGAUAUGCCCCUUGCUCAACUGCCCAGUCGUCGCUGCAGCCUCCUUGAGAGUGCCCUGGUCCAGUGCCCCUGCAGGCAACAGGUGUCGGAAGACGAGCCAGAGGAGCAGCAGCCAGCUGAUCUGCCUUCAGCUCUGGCGGCCCUGGAGGCAGAGCGGCAGAGAUGCCGUGAGCUGAUGCGCCUCAACGUUGUUCUGCGUGAGCACCUGGAGAUCACGACACGCACCAAUGAGGAGCUCACAAGUGAGGUGCAUGAGCUUACCGAGGAAUGGCGGCAUGCGGACCGCUCACAGUCUGGAGAUCGUUCACAGGGCCUGGAGUCUCGGCUCUUUGUGGUGUCCCAGUGGCAGCAGGACUUGGCUCGGUUGCGGCAAGACCUCUCCCAGCUGCGCCAGGCGGUGUGCACCGACCUCUCUGACCUAGGAGGGGCGCUCGCAACAGCCUGCCAACACUGGGCCACACAGGCUGAGCUGACCGGUACAGCGGCAGACAGGUGGAACCUCUCUCAGCAGAUAGCUGGUGAUCUGAACAAGCAGGUAGAAGCAUUGAAUGCCGAAAAUGAUCGUCUGCAGCGGGCACUCGACCAAGCUAGCCACCUGGCCCAGGAACAGCGCCAGGUACUCGAUCUCAGCAGCUGCGAAGUGGACCGUCUGCGGGGUCAGGUGUCCGAGCUGCAGACCAAGCUGGCACAAUCGAACGACACACAGCUGCAGAGCCGAAAUGAAGAGAGCAGCCUGCGGGAGCAACUAGACCAGCAACGCACGGCCGCACAGCGUGAGCUGGAGGCCUUGCGUGCUGCACUGCAUUGCACGCAGGAGCUCAACGAACGAUUGGAGGCCGAGAGGGACGCCCAGCAGGUCUCGACGGAGCAGCUGGAGCGGCAGGUACGGGAGAGCACAGUCCGCCUGGAGUCGCUCCUGCGGGAGAGCGAGUCUCAUCAGGCGGAACUGCGGCAGGAGCUGAACGGCAAGCACAAUGAGCUGCUUGAUGCCCGUGCUGCCCACCUUGAGGCGACGUCCCGUGCGGACGCUCUGUCCAAGGACGUGGACGAGCUGCGGGAGCAGCUGUCUGUGUUGCGGCGAGAUCGGGAGGCACAGGCGUUGGAGCAGGCAGAGGCCCUGGCACGGCAAAUUGCGUCGCAAGAGAAGCUGCAGCAGCAGGCCCGCUCCGAGAGGGAGACGCUCGAGGAAGCGGUGCAGCGCGCCCAGGCAAGAGCGGAGGCCCAGGCGGAAGCGUGUCGCCGGGCCCACGAGGACAUAGACGCUCUGCAAGGUCGGCUGUCUGAAGAGAGGGCAGCACACCAGGAGGCACUGGCCAAGCACAACCAGGAGCUGGACCGUGUUCAAAGUGAGCACCGCACUGAGCUGCAGCGGCUACGCAAAGAUCAUGAAGCCGUUUCAAGCCGGAUCCUGGAAGAGCAGGGCAAGCUGAGGCAUGAGCUGUCCAAGCAGCUGCAGCUGCAGAGAGAUACGUGUGCCGAGCUCCAGAAACGUCUGGACGUAGAAGCUGAUGCCUUCCGCCAGAAGACCAAGCAGCUGGAGGCACUAGGACGCCAGGCCAAGGCAGCGCACGAGGAAGAGCGGAAGCUGCUUGUCCAGGGCCUGGCUCUCUGCCGCAAACAGCUGCUGACAUUGCGGCAGCAGCUCACUACCCUGAGGGCAGACGCCGGCCAGGGUUCCUUGCAGCCACACCUGAGCCAUCUCAGGGAAGCCUUUGUGCGUUUGAUCGAACAGGAGCGGAGCUUGCAGGAGCGGCAGAGGCAGGCAGGCAACCACGCGGCACAGUUGCAGCAGCAGCUUGAACAGGCUGGCCUCAGGAUUGCAAAGUUGGAGGCGGAAAUUGCGACAGCCACCCGACAGCUCUCGGAUGUUCGCCGAUCACGUGAUGAGGAGCGGGAACAGCUGCACCAUCUGGUGGCUGAACUGCGUGAAACUGUCGACAAGACAACCAGUGAAAAAGAUGCCUCACAACGAGAUGCUGCUGAGAGAUUUCGAGAGGUGGAGUCCCUGCGGGUCGAGCUGGCUGCCGAGUGCUCCCGUCUGCAGGAGGAACACCAGGAGAAGCAGCUGGUCCAGCGAGCCGAGGCCGACGCCAGGCUGCAGCGGGAGGUGGCCUUCUGGAAGGCCAAGGUGUCGCUGCACGAGUCAGAGGUGCGCACCGUCCGUGCCAAGGCCUCCCAGCUGCAGGAGCAGCUGCAGGAGGCGCGUGAGCGGCUUGCCCGCGAGCAGGCCUCCCACCGGGCACAGGCGGGUCAAGCAGCACUGCAGCGCACGCAGGACCAGGCCGACUUGCAGCGUCGUCUGCUGCACGAGGGACAGGGGCUGCACCAGAUGCGGCUGGCCCUGAGCAAAGCGCAGGGCAAGGCCAAUGCACUCGAAGCACACCUGGAGGCAGUGGCAGAGGCACGCCAGAAAACGGAGACCGCGCUGUCCUCGCUGCUAAGUGCACUGCGCUGUGCGCUGGGUGUGCCAGCGCCCCGUGUGGUUGAGGCUGGCAGCACGGACGAAGAGCAGCUGGUGGUCGGCGCAGUCCAACAUCUCGUUGGCAGAGUCUCCUCUCUGGCCAGUGACAAGGAGAAACUGGCAGCCGAAGCCAAGCGAUGUCACCGAGAGCAGCGGGAACUGCAGGAUCAGCUUGUGGCCACUGCCAGCAACCUGAGUCGGCUCAAAGCUGACCGAGAGCGGCUCAAUGCAGAGAAUGAGGAGCUCCACAAGCAGACGUUCCAGCUGGAGGAUGAGGCGUCACGCCUGCGCCUGGAGCUGAAGACGGUGCAGUUGGAGCGCUCCUCCCUGCAUAGUCAGCUGGAGGAGAGCAGGCGACGGCUGGAGCUGCAGACACAGCAGCAGGAACGGCUCAAGGCGCUGUCCCGAGACCAGUUGCUGGAAGCACAGCUGUCCGAGAGGCAGGCCGAGUUGGAGCUGGCUCAUGCUCGGCUAGAACACCUGCAGCGCUACUUAGAGGUCAGCCGCAGCCAGCAGCAGAAGGCAUCAGAGAAAAGCGAGGAACUGGCCAGGACUGCUGGUGAUGCAACUGUUCAUAAGGUGGAGCGACUGCAGGAGCAACUGGUCUCUGAGCAGCUGCAGUCAGAGCGGCUGGCUGAGCGGGAGCGUGCUCUGGAGGCCCAGCUGCGUGACGCCGAAUUGAAAGCCGACAGCCUACGCAACGAGAAUCAGCGCGUCUGUGCCGAGCUGAAGGCAAUGCGGCGAGAGAAAAGCAGCCUGGAAGCCAAGUUUUCAGCUGUAGCUGUGCAGCUGGCCGAGUCGGAGGCUGCCAAGCAACGGCUGCACCGGCAGAAGACACUAACAAGUGGAGAAGAAGGCCGACGUCUUCGGGAGGAGAACCGCUGCCUGGAGCAGGAAUUGGUCCGUCUACGCCAUCAGCUGUCACGCACCGUGGAUGCCAUGUUUGCCCCCCAGCCACGCACCAGCACUCCGAAGAAGCGUGAAGCACCCGACGGCCAGAGCCUACACCGUGGCCCAGAUGCUCCUACAUUUCGUACGCACCAGCUGGAGGCACACCUACGUACAACACUCCAGUUGGACGUGAGUCGCGGCAGCCAUGUCGAUGCAGACCAGUCUUCUCAGGGCCGGGGUGAUGGCCUCAGCGCUGAACUCGAGCGAUCGCUGCAUGCGGUUGCUCAACGGCCCGAUCGGCUGCGCUCCGAGUCGCGGCGCCUGGAGCAAGCACUAGACCUCGAGAACACCACCGCUACCGCGCCAGGUGGAGGCAGCGGUAUUGCACCACCUUCUGCCGAAGCGCCGCCCGCUCCAUCAUCAUAGUCGGCGCACCGCCACUUGUGCGUCCAUCUAGCAGAUGGACAGCCAGCGAACACAGCCACUUGCCUGCCUUCAUGCUGUGCCAAGCUGAAAUGUCGUUGCAGCCACGUUCUGUUGGUGGCUGUCAACAGUGAGGCCUCAGAACAUUCGUGCACCAAGUGGCAACUGAGACCACCGUCAUUGCCAUUCCAUUUGUGACUUGAUCACCAUGUGUUUGCCUUAUGGGAUGUCAGCUCUCGGAAUGCUGUGGCCUGUGACAGGAAACUGCAUUUGCUGUGCUGCUUUUUAUUUGAGGGUGUUUUUGUUCUGGUUGGCUGAUGUUGUAAAAGGUGCUGCUUCUGUGCCCAUUUGGUAGCUUUCUGUGGCUUGAAAGCAGGCUUGACUCUCAGUAUAGAUAUGGUAGUACAUUUAAUCAAAAUUUCUUUAACCAGCAUUUGGUCGACGAACCCAUACACUGCCUGUUCGAAAUAAGUGAUCCGGACGUUAAGUUUGAGUAAAAUUGUAUGUGCAACAUCAUUAGCAGCUUUUCCAUGGAACCUCGUUAAUUCAGACUCCACAAGCAGCCGUGAAUCUGUUUGAUAAAGUGGUGUGGGUUAUUCGAGGCCACGGUCAGUGCACGAUGCAAAGUAAUGGAAGAUCCUGCACCCAUUCACGUUAUGCAGGCCAUAUAACACUCAACGUCAGCAGUGCCUGUGCAUGACUUUCUCUAACCGAAUCAGAUUUUAGGCUCGCUCGAAUAAUCGGACAUUUUCACAACACUGCCCUGUGCUCCGUUGGGACAGUUUCAUAUUACGAACUAGCAAAGUACUGCCUCUUUAAUAUUUUUGUAAAAGCACGUAGCUAGUUGCAUUUCCUAAGGAGGGCAUUUCUUGGCCUUCAGAGAGCCGUUUGGUGAGAAGUGAUUAUUUUGUGAAGCGAUUAUUUUGGUUUAAUCAAUGCCCAAGGGCGCUGUGCUAAGUGUGGAUAAUAACAUUAUCUUAAAAAGAAUUUUUCGACGACGUUGUACAGCUAUACGAUCUGUGGUCAACGUGCCUGCUGUGACUGUAUCACAAUUUUAGUCCAGUCGGACGGCAGGUUGCAGAAGUGGAUGUUGCGUGUGCAGCGGUCUGCUGCCAGAGAGUGCAAAGAAAGAAGGUUGCAUGCUGUCAUAAGCCGUCCCCUGAAUUUAUAGGCUGCCAACCUCGCCGGCAAUACUCAGUCUAAUCAUGACGAUUGAUGUGCAUUGAGAAACGCAAAACGCUUCAGCCACAAAGAUUUCAGCAGAAGUCCCCACACUUUCGCGCAAAAGUGAAUGUUCAUUCCAGAUGUUGUUAUGAUUGGUUGCACCAAUAAUGGCAUCCAACAAGUUUCCAACAGGUGGCAACAGCAGGCAUUUCUACUGCAUGCCGCACAUAUUCAAAUGCCGCGUGGCUACUUGAUGUAGUUUCUGGCUGUUUGCAAUGUAAAAUAUGCUAAAAUUACAUCUCUUUGGACCACUCGAUUCUUUCGAUAUUUGGCAAUUCAGGCAGAUUGGUUAGCGACUGUGUGUGCACAUGCUCAGAAGUGUUGUCCUCCGCCGUCGUCUGAAAACCCCACCAACAGCAUGCAUAUGAAAAGGACGUCUGCGAACAGGGCUGAUGAGGGUGCUGCAUUGGAUAUUGUCAAAUUUGAAAUUUUGUCAUCUCAGCCUUUCCUGAUUGGUUUAAAAAACCAACAUGAUGUCAUUUGACAAUGAUCUGAACGGCAAUCCGUGUGUUUGGUAAAAUUCAGAAACACUGGUGCAGGUUUUUCCGCAAUGGUCGUUUUAACAUGCAAUGGGGUGGGAUCUCGUUAGGUGGCACUCCACAGCACAUCAUUUGCUUUCGACGAUAAUUGGCACGUGACACCAAAGUAAACCUGCUGGGAGUGACCGUCGCGUUCAUUCAUCGGUACCUCCAAUACCAAGGCUUCCUCUGUACUAAUGCAUAAGACUUUCAUGGGACACGAGUAUAAGUUCAAGGGAUCAGUGAAUUCCAGUUAAGUGAGUUUCAAUGUUCCAAUGUAAAAAAGUACCCUUGUUUUUUUGUUUUGCGUUUUUUUUAGUUAAGAAAAAGCAUUUCUGUAGUUGAUUUGUAAGAUUUUCUUUGCGAAACAUUAUUAUCUACUAAGACUUGCAAGAGUAUGCACCAAGUGUGAGCACUCAAUGUGUUUGCUGUGUUGCUUCUGUUGGAUUGGAGAAAGCCAGUGCUCAUGUUAGGUAGUCAUGAAUGUGAACACAUUUCUCCAUUUUUCAUGAAAUGUUGCUUAUUCGAUGUUUUGUACCAACAAAGUGGGAUUAAACGCCAUGUCACCAUCAUUGCUAUGCUGCAGUGCAUGCACGCUGUAGCAUUUUAAUUAAAACUGGUUGUUACUUUAGCACAGUCAUGUAGCAUAGAGGGAGAUAAUGACAUCAGGAAGAAAAUAUCACUGCCACUGUUCACUUUGAAUCAUAAUGUGCUUUUUAUAUUUUAACAUUCUAGUAUAAAUAUUGAAAUAGAAUUGCUGUUUAUAAUUUUCAGCACAUCCUUUCUGCUCAUUCAGUUUGCAUGUCUUGCUCAGCAUACUAAUCGUUAUCAGCAUGUGGUAUCAAUCAGUACCACUUGGUCACUUUAUCAUGUUAAAUACAUUCACUGUAACUUUGAGUGCUCUUUCUAUUUGUGCAAUAUGGACCUGCUUUGCGAGUACUUGUUCACUGAUAGUGUGCAAAAAUAUGAAUAGUGCUCUUGUCACACACAUAGUAGUAAUAAACACUUGUAACAUGGAAUGUUCAAGUAAUGUUGUAAUUUAUGCUGUGUGAGAUGUGCUGUUUCUAUCCAAUAAAUUCAUGUUUAAUUUUGUU